AUGCAGAUGCUGCAGAAGUAUACUCAGGAUAUCCUUGAUCACUGAUUAACUUGUUCAAACUCGGUGACGAUCUAUACAUUGUUCAGGUUAAGGGGCUUACAACUGCAGCGAGAAAUGAUCUGGUGCUUGCACUUCCGGCCAGGAUUGACCAUACCUGAUGGGACAGCUGGUGGUCCUAAAAACACUUUGGUUGGUCUGAUCGGGAAGCCUCAUCUGAUCAAAGAGAGGAAGCAUGUGAGCAGCCGUCUUGCAUGGAAGGAGGUUCUUGAGAAGUAUUCAUUCCCUGGUGGCCUGGUUAAAGAUGAUGUUCUUGUUGUUGGUUGA